AUGCUAAUCCAAGUUUUCUCAAGAUUUGUUCUUUUUUAUGAAGUCCUUAAAAGGACCCAUCAAAUUUCUGCUUUCCCACUCCCGCAGUAUCCCUUUAUUACUAGUUUGCUAAUUGCUGCUGCUACUAGCUACUACUACUGUCCACUGCUCACAGCCACUGUCCUGUCCUUGAAAAAAAGAAGAAAAGAAAACAACUUUCCCUUUCUCCAGAAACAUUCCCCAAUCCCCAGUGCUACCCAGAACCCACGCUCUCUCCCUCACUCUCUCUGUGUCUUUCCCAUAGUUGAGCUGCGGAGGAAGAUAGAACGGACGAAGGGAGAGAGAGAGGGAGAGUUCAGGCAGAUUGAGAAUAUGAGUCGGCCCCUGGGGGCAGUGAUAGGGAGAUACCCAUCAAGUGAUGGCAGCACUCAGAUUGAUCGAAUCAUUAAGCGCAACAGGAGAUGCAGAGAUGUGGCUUUUCUGGUAGUGUUCAUAGCCUUUUGGGUUGCCAUGAUUGUCAACUCCAGCUUUGGAUUCAACCUAGGAAACCCAUUAAGGCUUACAUAUGGGCUGGACUACAAAGGAAAUGUUUGCGGUGACAAGCAUGCACAUCCGAAUCUGCGUGAAUUGGAGCUCACUUACUGGGUCAAUCCUAACCAGGUCUAUCUUAGUGGUUCCAAGAACAGCCAAUUCAAGUUGGCGAAUGCUAGGAGUAUAUGCUUGUUGGAUUGUCCUAGACCGACAGACGAUGGCCUGAAUUGGGUCUGUGAUUACCCGGAGGGUGAUAUCCGCAUAUCAAUGGACGAUUGGAUCGACAGGAAUUAUGAUUAUUACGAGUUCCUUACCCCUGAGAUGAGGAACUCCUCUCUUCAACUCCAGGGUCCUUGUUACCCUGUCAUUUUCCCUAGUGUAAAUGUUCACUGGAGGUGCGAAUUUGUUGCACGUGCAUCAAAUGCGUCUAUGAGACAUUGGCAGGUCAUGGGUGGAUUGAACAUCAACGAGGAUAUUAGAAUUGACAAGACUAUUCACAAGUCAGUCAAUGCUCGUUCGUCUGUGCUGAAGAGAUAUGUGGCAGAUAUUGGGAAGUCAUGGCCUGUAUUAAUCGUCUGUGGAGGACUAUUACCUCUAUUUUUGUCGGUGAUUUGGCUGCUGAUGAUUCGACACUUAGUUGUUGCCAUGCCAUGGGUUACAGUUGCCCUCUUUAAUAUACUCAUAAUUUCAGUGACAAUGUUCUACUACCUGAAAGCUGGAUGGAUUGGAAAUGAUGCUAUAUCCCCAGUCAUUGGCCCCCCUGAUCCAUACUAUCAUGUGUUUGGUCGAGAACUUAAUCACAUCCGCGCUGUUGCUGUUCUCAUGACCGUAAUCAUGGUGGUCUCUGUCCUUACAUCAAUUGCCAUAGCGCGACGCAUACUUAUGGCCACAUCUGUACUCAAGGUGGCUGCAAAGGUGAUUGGAGAAGUUCAGGCGCUCAUAAUUUUUCCAGUCAUACCAUAUGCCAUGCUUGCAAUAUUCUACAUGUUCUGGUUCGCAGCUGCUUUGUAUCUAUUCAGCUCUGGCCAGAUUAUCCAGAACAACUGCGACAACUCAAACUGCUGCGCCUACGAUCUUGUGUCGAAACGGGUGAACUGUGACCGUUGUUGUGGUUAUGGCAUCCGUUACACCCCUCAUAUUGCUAUGGCCAUCGUCUUCCACCUGUUCGUAUGUUACUGGGCCACCCAGUUCGUCAUAGCUUCCUCUGCAACUGUCAUUGCUGGUUCCGUUGCAUCCUAUUAUUGGGCUCGUGGUGACAGCUCGCCAGAGAUUCCAUUUCUUCCGGUUUUUGGCUCUAUGAGAAGGCUUAUGAGAUACAGCCUUGGGUCAGUUGCCUUGGGCUCGCUGGUGGUCUCGUUUGUGGAAUCCAUACGCUUCCUCCUAGAAUCGAUUCGCCGCAAGCUGAAAAUCGCCAAUACGACACCGGACAGCUGGAUUGGGAAGGCGCUGCACCAUACCUCUGGAUUUUGUCUCAGCUGCAUCGAAUGGACCUUAAAGUCGGUGAACCGCAAUGCUUAUAUUAUGAUAGCUAUUACUGGGAAGAGCUUCUGCCGGGCUUCUGGGAUUGCAACUGAGUUGAUCAUCAACAACAUUUUGAGGAUAGGGAAGGUGAAUGUGAUCGGGGACAUAAUUCUGUUUCUGGGGAAGUUGUGUGUGAGCCUUUCGAGUGCUGUCUUUGCAUUCCUGAUGUUGGAUACACACAAGUACAGAUCUUCGCAUAACAAGAUCUCUUCCCCACUCUUCCCUGUGGUGGUAUGCUGGGGACUUGGGUACGUGGUGGCGACACUGUUCUUUGCGGUGGUGGAGAUGUCGAUCGAUACUAUCAUCCUGUCGUUCUGUCAGGACUCGGAGGAGCACCAGGGGACGGCGCAGUAUGCUCCUCCUCUUCUCAUGGAGACACUGAACGAUCAGAACGAGAUGCAGAGACUAACUCAAUGAAGAAAAGGUGUGUUUGCCAUCUAUUCUUUUGAUGGUUUCUGAAAAUGUACAAGUAGUAGCAGUAGUAUAAGUAGCUUUACUAAGUUGAUUUUGAGAAUCUAGACUAGUAAGCGUUACUAUUAGUUAAAUUACCAAAAUUCAUAUCCUUUUAUAUCUCGACACCAUGAAGAGUCUGGUUACAGUGGUGGUAUGAACAAUUUAGCAAAAGGAGUAGAAAAUGAAAGCCCUCAAACAGGUCCAUCACCGCUUCUCCCAACAACUCGAGUUAUUGGGACCAAUUUUUUCAUGACAUGGUAUCAGAGUCUAGAACCAAAAGGUCAUGUGUUCGAAUCUCCAUGACUCCUGAUAUUAAUCGUUGUCUUUCAAGCGCAUGGUAUGCUGAGCCUGUGCAAACUUCAAGUCCAUGGGUUGGCUUUCGUUUGAGGAGACGUGGGCGUGUUAGAGAGUGGUAUAAGAUCCAGCAGAACCUUCUCCCAAUAACUCGUGUUAUUGGGACCAACUGGUUCAUGAUAUCUCUCCCUCUUCAAUCCCAGCAAUCGUAUCAUACAACAGCCGGUUCAACGUCUCCGGCAACAAAAAAGCCAGUAUCGCCCCGACCUGCGCCGCCUGCAAUGCGCACCCCAUCGUCGCGUUCCUCACCACCGUCGGGAACAGCUCCGCCGCGUACACAUACAACAUGUUAUACGCGCCGGCCAUCCCAAACACCCCCAUCACCCCACACGCCGUCCUCACCACCUCCCACGCGCUGCCCCCGGCGCGUCCGGUCACCACGCUCCCGACAAUGCACGAGACCCCGCUGAAAACCUGAGUCGUGAUGGCGAGCGGUUUUCGCCCGACCUUGUCGAGCAGGACAGCCGUCAGGGUGAAGGACGGCAUCUCCGCCGCCGCGUUGACCGCCACGUUGGCGUAGAGGUUGGUGUCGAGGUUGACCACGUUGAGGCUGAGCCCGUAGUAGACGGUUGACGAGAGGAAGCAGACCGCCAUGCCGAGGAGGAGUCGGGUUCGGGUCACGGGCGACCCGAGGACGUCCAUUAGGGUACCCGUGGUUAUUAUUAACGCCGUUUGCUCGCUCUCCUUCUCGUUGCCGUUACUGCUUGUGUCUUCGUCCAGUGAUAGAACGACGCCGUUGGGGAUGCUGUUUCCGUUGGACUCUGCAAUCGAUCGCAUCACCUUCAUUGCUUCCUCAACUCUCCCGCGCACUAGAUACCAACGUGGCGACUCGGAGAUGAAGGGCAGGGCGAGGAAGAGGUAGGCGACGGAAGGCAGCGAGGAGGCGAUGUAGAGUUGGCGCCAGGGUUGAAGGAAGUAGGCCAGGGCGGAGAGGAGGCCGAUCCCGGAGGAGAAGAAGUAGAAGGAGGACCCGCCGGCGGUGCCGCGCUUGGUGGGACCGACGGGCUCGGUGGAGAGGACGAACGCGGCGAGGCCGACGCCGCCGCAGCUGAUGCCGGUGAGGAGGCGGACGACGAGGUAGGCCCAGUAGUUCGGAGAGAACGCGGUGAGAAAGCCGAGCACGGCGUUCAUGAUGG